CCGAAGCGCUCCAUACACCGACGGAACAUUGAAGGAAGUCAGCAUGAAGUUUCUUGUACUCUGCCUUGCCUCCACCUUGGCGCUCAGCCAGGCUAAGGGAGAUCCGCCAGCUUGGGCGGAUGAAGCGGCAAAUGGGGCCCACCAAGACGCCUGGAAGAGUCUCAAAGCCAGCGUCGAAAGCAUGUACUUCAUGAUAAAGGCCACCUACAAGAAUGACCCAGUCUGGGGCAAUAACUUCACUUGUGUGGCUGUUGCGGCUGAUGAUGCGAACGAAGAUGAGAAGAGCGUUGAAGCAACGUUUAUGUUUUUCAAUAAUGCUAACAGGUUAUUCCACCGAUUUUCUACUGAAAAGGCGACUGCUGUUAAAAUGUAUGGUUACAAUAAGGAAAACGCCUUUAAAUACGAGACAAGGGAUGGACAAGUGUUCACAGAUGUCGUUGCAUUCUCCGAUGACGACUGCUAUGUAAUGUACGUUCCUGGUACAGACGGAAACGAAGAAGGUUAUGAACUGUGGAGUACCUUGUACGGGUGCGUUCCGCUCAGUUGUUUGGACAAGUUUAAUGAAUACGCUGCGCGCAUGGAGGUACGAGACGUGUUCACAAGCAAGUGCGUGGAAUAAUGUCUUGAGAGUAUUGCUAUUUCAAAGCUGAAACUGGAUAAUGUCACCAUGGCUCCGAAUGCUCGAUGUAGCCUUCGAUAAUACUGUUUGCUUAGGUUUUUGGUUUUGGGUACAUUGUAGUCUUUGCAGACGACCAGCAUAUGUAAUGAAAAAUAAAAUAUUGUGCAGUAGGAA